AUGAUCACUCUGUUGCGUGCGUUGCCACUCGAUCGAUCGAUAAACCAGACAGCUCCGGCUAAACCACAGACCAACCACUCGUUUUCUCUUCAAACGGAUGUGACACUAAAGGACGACACGAAGAAGGAAAUCAAUAAAUUAUUCGUCCUUGAGUUUUAUGCGUUUGUGCAGCAGAACUCCGGACCAGACGCUAUGGAUAUGCGAAGUGGUCAAGCGAGUCUCAGAUGGUCCGCAACUAAGGUAGAUGAAAUCGCAGUGUUUCAGUUUGCUAUCCAUUUCAGUGAACUGAAACUCGAAUCAGAUCGCUAA